AUGUGUCAUAACAAUUCAGUGAUCGCCGCGAAGCAUAGGUGCACAAACUCAACACAGGCUCUCAUCGUAGGUGGGUUGGCUACCCGAGAUGAGGAAUUUGUUGAACUGGACUUCAUUUCUCAAUCUGCUGGUGACCUUCUCCACUUCCACAUUCCGCAGUUAAUGCAGGAAGAUGAUUGCCACUACCAAGGCAAUGAAAGGAUCAUGAAUAGAGAAGACCAGAGCUUGAUAAACUGA